ACGGUCCUGGGUCACAAAGGUUGUUGCCAAGCACCCGGUGGAGAAAAGAUGCGGCCAGGGAACAGCCGCCGCCACUCUGGAGCGUGAGGCCCACGGAGUUCAGCAGGACUGUCAAUGGCAGGAUACCAGCUCUGGUCACCAUGGACCCCACUGGAUGAGAGCUUCCAAUGGCUGCGGCAUACAACACCUACCCCUUCUUCCAAGCACCCCUUUAGGGCUUCCCCCUGCUUCCCACAUACCCCUUCUGACCUUGAAGUGCAGCUGUGCUUUCAAGAGGUCACUCUAGUCCUAGACAGCCCAUUCCUGGAGCCCGGGGUGAGUCCCAAGUUGCCCUGUCACACAUCAGAGCUCCGAACCAUGAACAACAAGAAAGGGCUGGUCAGGAAGCCUCAGCCUGUCCGCCUCAGUGGAGUGGAUUCUGUCUUUGGCAGGGUCAUCACGGCUCAGCCACCAAAGUGGACUGGGACCUUCAGAGUUUCAGACAAGUCAGCCUUUUGCAAAAUCAUUAGCCGGGAGCACCAGUGGCCCACUGGACUUAAGGAACCGCAGAUUCAGAUGACAGUGACCAUGUGCAAACAGAUGUUACGCUCCAUCCUCUUGCUGUAUGCAACGUACAAGAAGUGCACCUUUGCCUUGCAACAUUCCAAGUAA